CCACAAGAAAAGGUUUGUAAGGUGGAGGAGGACGGGGUUUUCAGUGACCAGCACCUGGAUAACCUGGAGAGGAGCUGCAGCCCGGACCAGGAGGAACCAGGGCAUCCACAGACUACAGAACUGGAGGAAGACUCCAGCGGUCAGGAGAUGAAGCACGAGGACGUAGAGGUGGAUGUCUCAUUGGUCAAUGUCGCUGACCAGGACCCACACGGGGAAGAAGGUUUCUACUGAGGAAAUGCCUCCAGAAGAUUCUGGUGUUACAAAGUCUUCCUCCACAAUUGAAGACUUGGAACAGAUGGACACGGAGAAUCAGUUCUGCAGUCCAACUGAAAUGGAGACAGUUGUCAACAGUGAGAGGUGUCAGAAACAUAGCCUGGUGUGUGCAACUGUCUCCCCCUUGGACAAGUGUCUCCAGUGUGUGGGACCUGUGUCCUCCCUCAAGUGGCUUGGCUAUAAAUGCAGAGACCCCCCACAAGAGAAUGUUUGUAAGGUGGAGGAGGACGGGGUUUUCAGUGACCAGCACCUGGAUAACCUGGAGAGGAGCUGCAGCCCGGACCAGGAGGAACCAGGGCAUCCACAGACUACAGAACUGGAGGAAGACUCCAGCGGUCAGGAGAUGAAGCACGAGGACGUAGAGGUGGAUGUCUCAUUGGUCAAUGUCGCUGAUGUGAAAGUUGAAAAUGGUGAACCAGGACCAAACUGUGGCCAGCUGCUGUUGCACACUUCUCCUGAAGCUCAAAACAAAGAUGAGGAAGGGACUGAAAGUUUACGCUCAGACUCCAGUAAAACUGCAGAUCCGGAGCCAAUGAGACGACACGGUGACCACGAAGAUGCUGCUGUCCCGUCAGACAGCAACUGUAAAUCAAAGCUGACCAGGACCCACACGGGGAAGAAGGCGUUUUCUUGCAGCACUUGCAGGAAACAGUUCAGUAAAGGUUGUAAUUUAAUGGAUCACGUGAAGAUCCACACUGGCGAAAGGCCAUACCUGUGCAACACCUGCGGAAAAACCUUUACUACAUUAUCAAAUCUUAAACGGCACAUAACCACACACACGGGCGAGAAGCCCUACAUGUGCAAAACAUGUGGAAAAAGUUACACAGAUCGUUCCGGCCUGCUGGUUCACUCGAGGACCCACACCGGCGAAAAGCCAUACCUGUGCAACACUUGCAGCAAAACCUUUACUAAAUCAUCACAUCUUAAAAGCCACAUAUACACGCACACGGGCGAGAAGCCCUACAUCUGCAAAACAUGUGGAAAAAGUUACACAGAACGUUCAACCCUGGUGAUUCACUCGAGGAUCCACACGGGCGAAAGGCCGUACCUGUGCAACACCUGCAACAAAACCUUUACUCAAUUAUCAUCUCUUAAACAGCACAUAACCACGCACAUGGACGAGAAGCCGUAUUUGUGCAAGACGUGCAACAAAGGUUUUAGCCGCAGAAUUGAUUUGCUGAGUCACAUGAAAAUUCACCCGGAGGAGAAGUCUGGUGACUCGUGACAAAUGAAGCUCAUGUGGGAGUGAGGGGGGCAGGGUAAUGGCCCCUUUUGGGCGGGGGAGAAGGUUCGUCCCUCAAGACUCCUCUCCCUGGCCCUCCCCCUUUUCAACCUUUCCCCGACCCUGCACCCCAACCUGGGACUUGAUGAUUGGGCCGGAGCUUCGGGAGCUGCGUGCUGGCCUGCGGUCCCCACCCCUGGUCAUCCCGUUGCUGCUUUCACCUGCCUGCUAUGCUGUUGCCGUCCCUGACCCACCAGUCUGGCCCUCGGCAGGAGGGUCCCCCCUUACAAGCCUGGUCCUGCUCAAGGUUUCUUCCCUCCUAAAGGGGAGUUUUUCCUUGCCACUGUUUGGCUUAAGGUUUUUCUCCCACUAGGGGAGUUUUUACCUGCCAUUGUUUAUGUAAUAACUGCUCGGGGGUCAUGUUCUGGGUAUGGGUCUCUGGAAAGCGUCUAGAGACAACUUUUGUUGUAUUAGACGCUAUAUAGAUCAAAUUGAAUUGAAUUGAAAUUGAAUGUUGUAGUCCUCCGGGGGCAGCUGUCCACUCCUGUCUGACCCACAGAAGAAGAACCCGCAGAAGUCCAACCACCACCUCCUGUGGCUGAUGAGACUAAUCCCCUCCCCACAAGGGUUGCAGGUUCAACCCGGAUUUAUGCUUCUCCGUCAACUUGACGCAGAGGGAACGAUGUGGUCGUGUACUUUUUUUUAAAGUUCUGCAUUGAGUUUUUUUGAAUCCCUGUUCCUUCUUAAAACUGUGUUAUUUGUUGCUGUUGGUAACUUGCCGUCUCCACGGUGCAAAUAA